AUGAUUGUGACCAGACUUGUUUCUAGGGCUUCAAAGCCAAUUUUGUGUUCAAUCUGCACCCGUGUGGUGCCGAUCAGGUGUUCAGUCUCUCCCCGUGUGGUGCCGAUAUUGGUGGCGGCUGGUAGAAAGAUAACCACAGACAACCACGUCAAAUUAGGCAAUGUUGGCGGUAAGAUAAAAGCGCCUGAUCCCAGCCGUUGCCUGGAUAUAUACCUGGGCAUGUGGGUGCACGACCCCAAACAGGCACUUGAGAUGCAGGGUCAGAUAGCAGAACACGACAGGCGGCAGCAAGAGAUCUUGAAGGAGCUGGACAUCAAAAACUACAUUCAGUACACCAGAAACAAUGGACUCUGGAGAGUGGAGCAGGGCUUUGUAGGGGCUGGCAGGACGCUCUCCUACGAGUUCAUCCUGGGUGAGAUGUUCAUGAUGCUGUAUCCGGACAACAAUUACGUUAAGACACUGGUCUACAUGGAUGGUCAACGAAUGAUCUGGGCAUUUUACCCCGUUGAAACACCGGACGAAGUUCUCCGAGUGAAGUCCGAAAUUGAAGACAACAAACUAAUUUGGAAAACCGAAUACCCGGAUGGCUUACGGAGUACCAGAAUUUACUUCAGGGACUGA